GGCGUGGUGAUUGGCGCGCUCUGACCCGUGCUGCGCAUGCGCGAACGCUCCUCGCUUGUUUCUGUGACCGGAUCUGUUUGUAACGUUAGAAAUCUCACCGCUGUGUACACAAUUCAUAAAAUUCACAGCACCGGUUUUACACUGCAGACGAACAGAAAAAUAAUACAAGAGAAGAGGUGAAGAAAUAUGGACCGUGUAAGAAUGACAUGAAGAUUUUGUUUCCUUUCUUGAGAAAGAGAGUGAGUUUGUCCUAAUCUGAUCUGAGGAGGGAGGUGGCCCGGAUGCUAGUAAGGACUCGACUCGGGAGAUUUCUUUUGGGCGAAAAUAAACAAAAAAAAGAUUUCUGGUUUGAGGAAAAUAGGAGUUUAGACAUUUUCCCCGAGGUGGUUUGAACUUGUCGCGUCAUCAGGUUCGGGGCUCGGAUUGGUUCAGGAAAGAGUCUGAAAUCUGACACUGCCAGAGUUUUUCAUCGGAGGAAAAAAAUGACCGCAAACGCCAUUAAUCGUCAGUCGAUGAACAUGUCACACCAGCGAUCAAAGACUACAGAUCUCACCCUAGGAUUAUAGGAAUCUUUUAGGAUUUUCAACAUUUGUUUCAGACGACCAAAUCGUGGCCAAAAUCGUACAGUGUGAGCCCGACAAUAGUCACCUGGGGGCGGGGGGAAAUUCCGCCCCAACUUCCAGUCUCUUGACUACCACAAGAAUAUUGAAGCCACAGUUCUGCAUUUGAGUGCGAAGAUUACAACUAUUCAAAACAAUGCCACGCACACCAUCUCAUGUGUGGAUACAUUUCACCUCAGUCAAUGUGGAAGGAAAGACUAUGUACACUUGCAAAUACUGUGCAAAGAGCUAUGUUAAGAAUGCCACAAAGAUGCAGCAGCAUAUAGCCAAGUGCCCGAUGUUUUCCCAGGGCUUAAAACAAGCAACCCCAGGCAAGAGUUCAUCUGCUUCCGUUCGAAGUGAAAACGAUUCAGAUUCAGACACCCAUUAUUCAGCUCCUGGGCACUCUGGAAUCAGAGGAUUUUUUGACUCAUUGGAUGAACAUAGCCAGAGGAAUGCUGAUGAAUGUUUUGCUCGAGCAAUGUAUGCUACUGGCUCACCUCUGAUGCUCACAUCCAAUGUCUAUUGGAAGAGAUUUCUAAAUUUUCUUUGCCCUGCAUACACACCUCCCACCAGACAUGCUUUAUCUACUCAUUUGCUGGAUAGAGAGUUCCACAGAGUGCAGGCAAAGGUCAAGCAAACCAUUGACCAAGCAGACUGCAUUUCAGUCAUCUCUGAUGGGUGGUCGAAUGUCCGGGGACAAGGAAUUAUCAACUACAUCGUCACCACCCCACAUCCAGUAUUCUAUAAGAGCACAGACUCAAAGGACAACAGACACACUGGCCGUUACAUUGCUGAUGAGCUAAAAGCAGUCAUCAAUGAUCUUGGACCUCAGAAGGUUUUUGCACUUGUAACGGACAAUGCUGCAAAUAUGAAGGUCGCAUGGGCACUCGUGGAGGAGACCUACCCUCACAUAACAACAAUUGGCUGUGCUGCUCAUGCUCUUAAUCUUCUCCUUUCAGACAUCAUGGCACUGAAUACAAUGAACACACUGUACAAGACAGCGAAGCAAGUAGUGAAAUAUGUGAAGGACAAACAGGAAGCUUCAGCAAUCUAUCUCUCUAAGCAAAAAGAAAAAAACAAGAACACUACACUGAAGCUCCCCAGCAUCACUCAAUGGGGUGGGGUUGUCAUUAUGUACGCCAGUCUGCUAGAGGGGAAGGAGUCUUUGCAAGAGAUGGCCAUAUCGCAGACUGCAGCCAUUGAAAGUGCCAUCACGAGAAUCCUGAUGGAUGAUGUUUUCUGGGAAAGAGUAACUAGCAGCCUGACAAUCCUCAAACCAAUAGCAGCAGCUAUUGCCAAGAUAGAAGGUGAAAAUGCCACCUUGUCAGAUGUUAAAUGUCUGUUUGCUGACCUCAAAGAAGAAAUACUAACUGUCCUGCCCACUUCCCUGUUGCUGCAAGCAGAGGAAACUGCGGUGGUCAGAUCAGUGGAGAAGCACCAAGAGUUCUGCAUGAAGCCAAUACACGCAGCAGCAUACAUGUUGGACCCAAAAUAUGAGAAAAGCAUACUCACUGCUGAAGAGAUCAACGGUGCUUACAGUGUUAUUUCUGCCAUGUCUCACCAUCUGGGUCUUGAUGAAGGUGAAGUUUUCAGCAGUCUGGCAAAGUACUGUACCAAGCAAGGCCUUUGGGAAUGGGAUGGGAUAUGGCAGUCAUGCCAGCACCUUUCUGCAUCUACCUGGUGGAAAGGACUUUGUGGAUCUGAGGCCCUUGCAACUGUAGCCUCAAUCAUCCUUCAAAUCCCACCAACAUCAGCCGCCUCUGAGCGCAACUGGUCACUUUUUAGGAACACACAAACAAAGGUUCGCAACAGGCUCACGAAUGCAAGGGUUGAAAAACUGGUGGCCAUCCAGGCAAAUCUGCAGCUCUUCGAGCCUGACACAGACCCUUCCUCAACAAGGCUGAACAGUGACACCGACGAUGAAGACGAGGCAGAUGUCAAGGAAGAGUAUAUAGAGGGUGUAUACGAGGUUCAGGAAGAAACCAUUGAGACCUAAAAGGAUUGUGAGGAAGGAUGCAGAAACCAGAGACCUAAGAACCUUGAGAGAAAAUGCUUUGAUUACACAGCAAUUAUAAGGAAAUAUGUUUAUUUCAUUCAACAAUUAUGCUUUUGUGUUGCUCAGUAAAAUAAUUAAAAUUCUACUUACAAUUAAAUCAGUCAAAAAUGUCCUUUUUUAAAUCUGUAUUAGUUUCCAUGCCUGUCAGCUUAUGAGCAAACAGUUUAUAUUUCUGUUUGUAUAUGACACAGUUUAGAUCCGUUUCCCAGAAUGUCUAAUGAAUUCCCAUAUGUUCAUGUACAUUCCCACAAAUUCUUGGUAAGUUUCCAAUUUGGAAUAUUUUCCAAAUUCCCCAGAUCAAGUUCCCAUGGAAAGUUUUCUGGGAACUUCCCGAAAAUGUUUCCACACUUCGCAACCAUAAUGUGUAUGCAUUUUUUUUUAAAUAAAAGAAAGAUUGUGAUUGCAAUCAAUUUAAAAACAAGGCUUCCCAAAAGAGCCUUUUAUUUUACAUUAAGGGGUUUGAAUAAAUAAAUAGUUGAGGAAGCAAGAAUUAUAAUGGUGCAGAAAUCAGAGAGCUGUUUUUGUUACAUUACAGUAUUGGUAUGAUUUUGGAUUAAUUUACAUGAGAUUUUCCUUAAAUAAAGACUUGUGUUGACUUUAUUUUCCUCUUAUAAAUCUGUAGAUAUGGAUUAAUGGAUUUAAGGAUGGAUUUAUGGAUUUAACUUUUUUUGUUAUUUUAAAAUCGAUUUUUGUCAAAUGUUUAUUUUACACUAUCCCCUGUGACUUCUGUGAAAGUCAGGUGAUCAAACAUUUGAAUGGGGGAUGUUAAUAGUACAGUAAACAAGACACGGAGAAUGAAAACGUACAUACCAGAGCUUGUGUAAGUGGAUCGGCACGGUGCGAAUUGCACUGGAAUGUGUCACUCAGUCAUAGUAUUCCCCCUACAUGGCAGGCUGUUCCUUUUCUUAACUUUUUUAAGCGAAUUGUAUUAGUAAUUUUAAUCACAGAUCUACUCCGGGUUUGUUUUCGUUUAUCUCCUUCAUCUGCCCUCUGUCACUCCCCCCACCCUCCGCCUCUGUCUCUCUCUGUAGGAUCUCUUCAGAUCUUGGAGCUUCAACUUCUUCAGAUGGGACAUGGUGUGUAAUGGCUAAGGAAGCGUGAGGGCAGAAGCAGGCUUGUGUGUGUGUGUAUGUGUGUUGAGCAGAAUGUUGCCAGGUGUGGGUGUGUUUGGAACGGGGCAGGCUGUACGCUCCUUGGUGCCCUUACUGCAAGAGGCAGGAUUUCCAGUUCAGGCCCUUUGGGGCCGGACGCAGGAGGAAGCAGAACGUCUGGCUAAUCAUCUCAACAUCCCAUUCUCUACUAGCCAAUCAGAUGAUGUCCUGCUGCGGCAGGAAGUACAUCUUGUGUGCAUUCUGACGCCACCACCGCACACACGCCAGAUCGCCACAAAGGCAUUGGGAAUUGGAAAGAACGUGAUCAGCGAGCAAGCUGCUACGCUAACAGAUGCUUGUAUGAUGGUGACGGCAGCACGGUAUUACCCGCAGCUAAUGAGCAUCAUGAACAACGCUCUGCGCUUUCUCCCUGCCUUCGUCCUGAUGAAGAGGCUGCUGGCAGAGGGCUACUGUGGGACACUUCAGGUGUGUGAAGCACGUGUGUAUGGUGGUUCUUUGUUGAGCCAGUCGUACGGCUGGGCGUGGGAGGAACUGAUGGGCGGCGGUGGCCUUCACACGGUUGGUUCCUGUAUCAUUGACCUCCUGAGCUACCUGACUGGGGGGCGGGCCAUCCGUGUGCACGGAAUGCUCAGGACCUUCGUGCGUCACGCUGGCACAGGCGGCGGCAUUCGCUCCGUCACUGCUGACGACUACGCCUGCUUUCAGCUGCUCAUGUCAGGGGGUGUGGUCUGCAACGUGACCUUGAACUUUAACCUACCAGGUGCUGAGCUUCACGAGGUCAUGCUGGUGGGAUCGUCCGGGAGACUGGUGGCCAGGAGCACUGAGCUGUAUGGCCAGCGCAACGGCACAGAAGGUGAGGAGCUUCUUUUGAACGACAGCGGUUCAGGGGCGGGGCCUUCUGUCACAGGACUGAAAGCGAUGGUGAAUCAGCUCCGUCUGUCUUUCCAAGCACAAGAGGACCGGCGGUCAUGGGCUCGGCAUCCAAUCGCCAUGGCAACUACGUUCGAGGACGGCCUGUACGUGCAAACUGUGGUGGAUGCCAUCAAAAGGUCAAACCGCACUGGGGAGUGGGAGAGUGUUGAAGUCAGGAGCGAGGAUGUAGAUCCUAAUCAGAACCACAGAACCACUCUGAUGUAAACUGACAACUGUUUUAGUUCAAACACUGCGUGCGGAGGGUUAGAGAGAUUUCCACACACCAGACAACGGACACUCGACUUCCAUGUUAGAUUUCUCAGGUUUUGUUGUCAGGGUGCGAGAUGUGUUUAAAUGGUUUUAAGUUCUGGGGUCACACUUGUAUAUCGCUACUAUACGUCUGCACAUUUCAAAAUAUGAGUGAGAUUUAUAGAUAUCAAUACUACGCAUGUUACGAUGUCACCAUGUACAAUCCACUCAACUAUGUUACUUAACUAUGCACGUGCCCACUGCAUAAAAAACAUUCACCGCAUUACCUACUAUGCAGUGCUUGUACUGUAAAUUCGGAAACUUCUGCCUCUGAUGUCGCUUUGAUCAUGUUCCAAAUUUUAUCCAACACUUUGAUUAUCUGAUAUAAGAUCACAUUCUUUUUUGGUGAUCGGCCUAGUGAUCAACGCUGGCACUGACUUCAGGUAAAUUUGCUCGGAAAGUUAAAAUAUUCUGGAAAUUGUUCGUUUUGUUUUGGUUUAGUCAUUGCGUUUGUUAUAAAGACAAAGGAUGUCCGUAAAAAGUACACAUAUUACAGUCAUUUUCACAGCCAUUGUGUGGUUUUUAGACUGAUGAUUAAAUCCAGAAAGGAUUAUACACGACAACGAUUUCACACCCUAACACACACAACUUUUUUUUUUCUUUGCUGGUGCUCUAAAAGUUGGAAUUUGUAUUAUUUUUAUAAUCAGUUGAAGAAGGUUUGUUAUAUAUAUAAUAGAGAUAUCUACAUCAUUACAACGAAUCAUUAGAAAGGUGGAUAAAAUCGUUAUCUAAUAUCAUCAAGUGGUAGAGGGAAAUAUGGACCUUUCAAACAGGAAGUACAGAGUGCAGUCUGUUGUGUGAAAAGCCUUCAAUCUGAUUUUUUUUUUUUUUUUUCUGAGAAACACUGGAGUUACAUCACUGGAAAGUGUAUGUGUUUGUGUGUUCACCACUAUUCUCUACUUUAAGCUACAUGAAUAGGUGUUUAGCUGUGAAUAUUUUUAUUUGUUGUAUUUUAUUUAAACCUUUUAAAGACACGUCCAUACAGGCUUUAGCCAGAAUGUGUAUUGAAUUGAAAAGCAGCAGAGGAUUUUAACGUGUUGGACUAAUAAGAUGACGCUCACUGCGAGUCAACAUCUCCGUUGGUUAUUUUUUAUAAACUAAUGUCUAAAAAGCUGUACAAAGUUUCUGGCAUGUAUUUAUUCUUUAAAACAGUGUGUGUGAGUGAGUGAGAGAGAGAGAAAACAGUGUUCCCAUGGGGUUAAAUAAAAUACUUCCAAAUUUC